UGACUGACAGACUCGUGGGAGAGACGGCGCUUUUGGGUUCGUUUUAGCGAGAAAACGGACCAACUGUGGCUUAGGAUAUUGUAGCUGAUAGCUAGCUACUCGAGUAGCCGACUCGACUCGACUCGAUUCAAUUGUCCCGGUAUUUCAAAAGACCAAUGCGGUUGCUCCCUGUUGUGGGAUGGUGCUAAUAACGGCUCUAGCAACAGCGGGAAGCAGGCUUGGGAGCAGUUUCGGCCAACGCGUCACUCUCACCGGUAGCGAGACGCAGGUAUCAUUCAAUGAGUUGAUAGAUUCGAUUCACGUCGUGAUAUGUUGGUGCAGUUAGGCAGGAGGUUUAGUACCAAUGCGCACUUGCAUCCAAGCGGCGGCGUGUCCAAGGCCUGCCUCCAGUCAAACUGCGAACUCUUUCGCCUUAUUGUUAUCCUUCUUACGAUUGCCCCUGUCGUCAGCCAGCGGGUUAGCGAGUGGACACAACACCAAAUAGAGACUUUUGAAGUACUGUAGCCAGCUUCAGUGCGGAUGCGGAGUGGGAUUAGGAUUGCAAGAAAAUCCCAAGUACUCCCUGGUACCGGUCGAGGUGCGCCAACAUUCAUGUGCAAUGCGACCACAUGUGGCGUCUGAAGUUAAAAGCGAGGACGGUUAACAUUACGAAUACCUAGAUGAAUUGCAGACGUUGGAGGUUAACAGAUACCUUGAGUCAUGCCUGGUUCAUUCACCCUGUCUUCAUCAUGAAGAUAACAUAUAGAUAUCGCCUAAAUCUCGAUGGUUUAAACAGGCAUGUUCUUCACCUCUUUGUCGCUAGGUACAGUCCAAGUUAGGGCUACUUAGGCCGCUAAUGAUGAUGCCCAGCGCAGAGGAACAUUCUCCAGAUUUCAGGAGCCGAUGAAAGGGACGUGUUGGGCUCUCCAACGAGUGAGAAGCUCUUUUUUGGUCGGUUCGAGGCAAAAUCUGAAUACACCUUCGCGGCAACGUACACUUCACGACACGAACAUCAUCCUUAGUCUGAUGCUUCCAUCCAUCUUUCGUCGGCUAAGAAGGUCGGAGUAGUCAGUCAACAAGCCAGUCAUGUCCUCUUCGCAGGAAUUGCUACAAUGCAGUAGAAUGGAGUUUAUAGACUACUUUUGUGACGGCAAACGGCUGAGCUACAUUGGUUGUGACGGCAACCGAGCGACGGAACUCCUAGGAUUCGGUACCUCGACAACAGGCGGCGACGAAGAAAUAGACUUUGAGGAAGAGAAUGGCAGUCUCUUCUCUGGAGAUGAUGGCACUGGCACGGGCACUGGAAGCGGAACUGGAACUGGUACCGAGAGCUUCACAUACUAUACACACGACGGGUCUUCGACUGCUACGUCUUUGUUCGUAACCAGUGCCAUGGCGGCGUCACAAUCUGGCCCGCUGGUCGGUUCGCUGCAGCCAACGCUGCAAAAGACAACACCGCUCUUUGAUGCUAUCGAUCAACGGCAGUGGAAAAGUGUUUGCACGUUCCUGACCACCAGCCAGUGGGGGUCUUUCCGUAGUGGCUCCCGCCUACCCAGUGUUCCGCUCCUGGAAGAAGCCCGUCAGUGGUCUGUUACCUUGGACAAAAGUGGCAAGGUCACUACUCGACGCCUCCCCCUACACGCAGCUACCAUGAACCAGGCUCCACUAGAGGUGGUCUUGAAGCUCGUUGAGCUCUAUCCGAAAGGCGUUAGUUGCGCCGAUUCCCAAGGCAAUCUUCCCUUACACUUGGCUUUUGGGUACGAUGCCGACGAUGAUGUUAUUCUCUUCCUACUCAAAGGGUAUCCCGAGGCGGUGCUCGUCAAGAAUAACUCAAAGAGAGGCAAAGGCUGCAAGGGCUUGCUGCCCAUGGAAUGCGGACAUAGAAUCAAGAAAGCAGCUAUGAUUCAACUAUGUCAGGACAAGGCCAGGUUACUUAGCUACGAAAACGUCAAAAACGAGUUUGUGGAAGCGUCCGGAGGCAACCUCGAAACCAUCGAAAAGUCAAGCUAUGUCGUGGAUGGCAAACAAGAGGAAGACCUCAUGAGCAUACAAAAGGAGUUGGAUGAAUUGCGACGAGCCAACAGCGGUAACAGCAAGGGCGACUUGACAAGAGGGAACGACGUCACGUUGGUUGACAACUGGAUGCGCAACACCUUUCAAGGAACCUUUCUUGAAAACGCAUUAACCAGCAGCAUCCGGGAGGAGGACGAUCAAUUGCCAGUCAUUGAUGAAUCAGACUCUGAGGAUUCCGGAAUUGAUGCGUCCGUCGCCAAAAAGAAGGCCGCAGAUGCGUCCAAGCCCCCAAAGCCGGUUCCUGGACGGUGGAUGCAUCGGAUUGCUUCCAAGAGCAAGAGCACUGACGACGAUGAAACCUUCGAAGUCAAUCUUACUUCUCGAUCAGUAGCCACUACACAUUCCUCAAAGUCCAAGAAACGCUUUCCGUUCUCCAAUCCAUUUCGAAAGUCAGGAAGACGCAAGACGGCCCCAGAAGCACCAAAACAAAUGCAGGUGGACACCGUCACGGUUCAGUCAGGAUCGAGCAAAGCCAACCUUUCCGUCUCGAGGUUCUCGUUGAGCGCAGUCAACCAGAACUCCAGCGACGGGAAGACCCAUGAAGCUAGCGAUGCAUCGCAGACGGCCAAGUCUGCUCUUAGUGGUAGAUUCAAAAGCUCGAUAUCAGGAGGAGGAAGAAGUCUUCCCUCUCAACGAGGGCUCUUCCGCAAGCAGCGCUCCUGGUUGGCACGGAAGAAAUCCGCCCCUGAUGAUCCCCAGAGCACAAAUGAAGUACCAUUGGCCAAGCCGGCGACUGAUGACGAGGAAGACAAGACUCAUCCUCCAGAACCAACGCCCUUAACACAAAGUCUGUCGAAGACGUCCCACGUUUCAGCUAUUUCUCAUACGUCGCAAUCGCAAUCACACUCGCACACUGGUACCUCCCACACUUCCAACACUCGUCGUACAAAAGAAAGCUCUUCCCAUACGGCCGUGAUUGUAGACGAAGAAAAGGACUCGGAAACAGAGUCGGAUCAAGGAGUCUUCGCUGCCUGGAACAUUGACCAAGCGAGUCUGGCCCAAGCCAUGUCUAGUAUCAUGUUGACCAAUGCAGACGCAACGGAUGGAGAACAGAAAUCACCUGAAGAAACAUCCGAGACGGAUUCGCAAAAUGAUAGCGUCACUUUGAAGCCAUCCAACCGCGGAGAGAAGCCAUUCAGCAGCUCGUUUUUGAAGAGAAAAGAGAAUUCGUUCCUCGAGAACUCUUUCUUGGUUGGUCCGACCUCUGCAAAAGGUUCCAAAAAGUUAUCGGAGAGUGGACGUGGAGUCUCUAUCCGAACGAGGAAGAAUGCAGAAGGAACGACCAAACAAGACGAUGUCGUUACAGACGAUGACGAAGAAGGAAAUGGUGUCGAGUCUACAACUCCAAGUGAUGAGAUGUCUACCCACACUGAAAGCGACAGCGUCGAGACUUCCGGCGCAACGAUGGAGUCCUUUGGGUCACACGAGCAAAGCGAUGACACCUUGGAAAACGUUGAUGCCAAUCAAAAGCCUCAGACGUCCGUAUUUGGCUGGCCGGGUGGUCGAAAGGAUGAAUCUUCGACAAAGCCGGAUAAAGCAACCAACAAGCCAAACAAGCCGAACAAGCUCAUCAAACGAAACAGUAUGAAAUGUUCAAAGAAACUUCGAAAGAGCGACUCUUUUACAUCUGAUGGUGAGAAACGCAAGUUUGGACUUUUCAGGAGAAGAAAGUCCAGUGAACGGAAUCUGAAGAAGGAUGUCGUGAAAGCAGCAGCCUUGGUCAAAGCCAUACAAGACAACGACAUCGUUGCAAAGAACCAGUUAACGAGUAAGAAGAAGAAGCUUCCAAAGAAAGCAGAGCAGAAAAAGCAAGCAAAGACGAACCCUCCAGCCUCCCAACCAAUACUGAUUCCAACCUCCCGGAAAGGCACGGAUCCUACCGUGCGUCAAGGUCAUCAAAUGCGAGGAUCGCUCUCCUCGGGAAACUCUUCGCGUUCACGUGAUUCCCAAUCCCUCGAAGGGUCGAUUGUCAACGCCAUCGUUCCCCGAAAAGGAGAUUGGCGAUCUGAAUACGAAGAUUAUCUUUCAUUGACCCGAUCGGUGACCCGAUCUGUGGAAAACUCAGAUAAGCGCAACACUAUACCCCGCAGUCGGUCCAACGAAGAUAUCGCGCGGACGAAGAAAGGUAGUCUCCGACGUGUCAUGAAGAUGACUUGUUGCCGUGAAGGCAAGAAGCCUAGCUUCGACGACCACCAUUUGGACCAAAGCUCCUUCGUUGGCGUCGACGAUAUUUUGAGCGACCUCGAGAGUAUGUCGCCUCUAAUGAAGGGUGGUUCAGCCAAGAACAAUGUUCCUCGCGGACACGGAAGUGGCAGUGGCAACCUCAAGCCACUUGUCAAAGUUACCUCAAGCCAGAGUACAGGACCGGUUGUCAGCGAGUCAACUGUCGAAAACAGUGAUGUCGGCAGCGUCUAUUUGGUCAGGGUCCGACUCUAACAUGUGCUCGAAACCUAUUCAGCGAAAGGUAGAAGUACUGUACCAAUGAACUAUAUGACACUGCGUCUAAACUAAGCGUAUUAGCUACUGUCCGUCCGAGGUUGCCCUCCGUGCA